AUGAAUAAUGAAUUAUCACAAGCCUUGACUGGGACCAUCUUAUCCAUGACCAAUAGCUUAGAAGAUACUAUAGGCACCACUACAGAAAACUCAACCAGUGUUCAAUCAGCCACUAACACAAACUAUACACCUUCGGAUGAAGUAUCUACCUCCGCACUAUUCACAACUUCACAAAAUGAAACUGCAUCCAUUACAACAACAAGUCUUCUUGAUAAAUCUUACUCCUCAUUGAGGAAAACGACAGAACAAUUGCCAGUUUCAAAGAUAUCACAAGCAACAAAGUCCAUGAAAAUCACCUCAAAUGUUACCAAUGUGGCAGAAUCGACACAUACUACCUCUACUAGAGGAGUAACCAGAGUAACAAAGGAAACAUCUUCUACUUAUUUUCCAGACUCAUCAACAAUAGGAACUUCAGGUGCUUUCCAAGGAACUGAGGAGAUAUCACCUACAGCUUCUACAACUAUUCAUACAUCUCAUUUAUCAACAACAAAAGACAUGUCAACAAGUGUAACAGAGACUGUACAAUCUCCAACAUCAAAUCAGUCACCAGAAUCUACAACACUAAGAGCUUUGUCAUCAACCAAUGCAUUGCCUUCUACUUCAACCCAACAACAGGAGACAUCAUCGAUACUACAGUCAUCACACCCUACUACAAUGACACAGCCCUCAACAACUAUAGAAGUCUCAAUUCCUACUGAACCAAUAACAUCUACAUCAGUAACUGAAACAUCACAAUCUACUGAAGGCACAAAAAUGUUAUCAAUACCACCUUCACCUUCUUCAGAAUCUGUAGGAUCAUCCACAUUAUCACAAACAUCAAGUCCCGUCGAUACAUCUCACUCUUCAACCAGUGCACAUCAAACUAAGAUGGCAUCAACAGUAGAACAAUCAUCACCAACAACACAAUCCAUAGACUUGACAUCCACUGUUUUGUCUAAGACAGAGUCAUCAACCAUACCAGAAUCCUCACAUUUCAUCACUACUAGACAAGUGUCAACAGUAACAGAGGAGACAUCUACAAGUUCUUUACCAAGAUCUUCCACAAUAGGAACUUCAGGUGCUUCCCAAGGAACCGAGGACAUAUCAACUACAGCUUCUACAACUAUUCAUACAUCUCAUUUAUCAACAACAAAAGACAUGUCAACAAGUGUAACAGAGACUGUACAAUCACCAACAUCAGAACAGUCCACAGAACCUACAACUCCAAGAGAUUUGUCAUCAACCAAUACAUUGCCUUCUACUUCAACCCAACAACAGGAGACAUCCUCAAUACUACAGUCAUCACACCCUACUACAAUGACACAGCCCUCAACAACUGUGGAAGUCUCAACUCCUACUGAACCGAUAACAUCUACCUCAGUAAAUGAAACAUCACAAUCUACUGAAGGCACAAAAAUGUCCUCAAUACCACCUUCACUUUCUUCACAAUCUGAAGGAUCUACAAUAUUAUCACAAACAUCAAGUCCUGUCGAUAUAUUUUACCCUUCAACCAGUGCACAUCAAAGUACGAUGGAAUCAACACUGGAACAAUCAUCACCAAAAACAACACAAUCCAUAGACUUAACCUCCAGUGUUUUAUCUGAGAAAGAGUCAUCAACCAUACCAGAAUUCUCACAUUUCACGUCUACGAGACAAGUGUCAACAGUAACAGAGGAGAUAUCUACAUCUUCUUUACAAAGAUCAUCCACAGUAGGAACUUCAGGCGCUUCCCAAGAAACUGAGAAGAUAUCACCUACAGCUUCUACAACUAUUCAUAAAUCUAAUUUAUCAACAACAAAAGACAUGUCAACAAGUGUAACAGAGACUGUACAAUCACCAAGAUCAGAAACGACCCCAGAACCUACAACUCCAAGAGAUUUGUCAUCAACCAAUACAUUGCCUUCUACUUCAACCCAACAACAGGAGACAUCAUUAAUACUACAGUCAUCAAAUCCUACUACAAUGACACAGCCCUCAACAACUGUAGAAGUCACAACUCCUACUGAACCGAUAACUUCUACAACAGUAAAUGAAACAUCACAAUCUAUUGAAGGCACAAAAAUGUCCUCAAUACCACCUUCACUUUCUUCACAAUCUGAAGGAUCAACAAUAUUAUCACAAACAUCAAGUCCUGUCGAUAUAUUUUACCCUUCAACCAGUGCACAUCAAAGUACGAUGGCAUCAACACUGGAACAAUCAUCACCAAAAACUACACAAACCAUAGACUUGACCUCCAGUGAUUUAUCUGAGAAAGAGUCAUCAACCAUACCAGAAUUCUCACAUUUUACCUCUACGAGACAAGUGUCAACAGUAACAGAGAAGAUAUCUACAUCUUCUUUACAAAGAUCAUCCACAGUAGGAACUUCAGGCGCUUCUCAAGAAACGGAGAAGAUAUCACCUACAGCUUCUACAACUAUUCAUAAAUCUAAUUUAUCAACAACAAAAGACAUGUCAACAAGUGUAACAGAGACUGUACAAUCACCAAGAUCAGAAACGACCACAGAACCUACAACUCCAAGAGAUUUGUUGUCAACGAAUAUAUUGCCUUCUACUUCAACCCAACAACAGGAGACAUCCUCAAUACUAAAGUCUUCACACCCUACUACAAUGACACAGCGCUCAACAACUGUAGAAGUCUCAACUCCUACUGAACCACUAACAUCCACAUCAGUAACCGAAACAUCACAAUCUACUGAAGGCACAAAAAUGUCAUCAAUACAACCUUCACCUUCUUCACAAUCUUUAGAAUUAUCCACAUCAUCAAAAACAUCUAGUCCUGUUAAUACAUCUCACCCUUCAACAAGUGCACAUCAAAGUAUCAUGGCAUCAAAAGUAGAACAAUCAUCACCAACAAAACAAUCCAUAGACUUGACCUCCAGUGUUUUAUCAGAGACAGGAUCAUCAACCAUGCCAGAAUCCUCAUAUUUAACCAUUACUAGACAAGUGUCAACAGUAACAGAGGAUAUAGCUACAUCUUCUUUACCAAGAUCAUCUACACUAGGAACUUCAGGCGCUUCCCAAGGAACCGAGGAGAUAACACCGACAGCUACUACAACUAUUAAUACAUCUUAUUUAUCAAUAUUGAAAGACAUGUCAACAAGUGUAACAGAGACUGUACAAUCACCAACAUCAGAACCUACAACUCCAAGAGAUUUGUCAUCAACCAAUACAUUGCCUUCUACUUCAACCCAACAACAGGAGACACCAUCAAUACUACAAUCAUCACACCCUACUACAAUGACACAGCCCUCAACAACUGUAGAAGUCACAACUCCUACUGAACCGAUAACAUCUACCUCAACCCAACAACAGGAGACAUCAUCAAUACUACAGUCAUCACACCCUACUACAAUGACACAGCCCUCAACAACUGUAGAAGUCACAACUCCUACUGAACCAUUAAUAUCUACCUCAGUAACUGAAACAUCACAAUCUACUAAAGGCACAAAAAUGUCAUCAAUACCACCUUCACUUUCUUCACAAUCUGAAGGAUCAACAACAUUAUCACAAACAUCAAGUCCUGACAAUAUAUUUUACCCUUCAACCAGUGCACAUCAAAGUAUGAUGGCAUCAACAGUAGAUCAAUCACCAACAACAACACAAUCCAUAGAAUUGACCUCCAGUGUUUUGUCUGAGAAAGAGUCAUCAAACAUUCCAGAAUCCUCACAUUUCACCUCUACUACACAGGUCUCAACAGAGGAGAAAUCUACAAGUUCUUUACCAAGAUCUUCCACACUAGGAACUUCAGGCGCUUCCCAAAGAACCGAGGAGAUAUCACCUACAGCUACUACAACUAUUCAUACAUCACAUUUAUCAACAACAAAAGACAUGUCAACAAGUGUAACAGAGACUGUACAAUCACCAACAUCAGAACAGUCCACAGAACCUACAACUCCAAGAGAUUUGUCAUCAACCAAUACAUUGCCUUCUACCUCAAUCCAACAACAGGAGACAUCAUCGAUACUACAAUCAUCACACCCUACUACAAUGACACAGCGCUCAACAACUGUAGAAGUCUCAACUCCUACUGAACCAAUAACAUCUACAUCAAUAACUGAAACAUCACAAUCUACUGAAGGCAUAAAAAUGUCCUCAAUACCACCUUCACUUUCUUCAGAAUCUGAAGGAUCAUCCACAUUAUCACAAACAUCAAGUUCUGCUGACACAUUUCAGUCCUCAACCAGUGCACAUAAAACUACGAUGGCAUCAAUAGUAGAACAAUCAUCACCAACAACCACACAAUCUAUAGACUUGACCUCCAGUGUUUUGUCUAAGUCAGAGUCAUCAACCAUACCAGAAUUCUCACAUUUCACCUCUACUAGACAAGUGUCAAUAGUAACAGAGGAGAUAUCUACAUCUUCUUUACCAAUAUUGUCCACAAUAGAGACUUCAGGCAGUUCCCAAGGAACCGAGGAGAUAUCACCUACAGCUUCUACAACUAUUCAUACAUCUCAUUUAUCAACCACAAAAUACAUGUCAACAAGUGUAACAGAGACUGUACAAUCACCAACAUCAGAAACGGCCAAAGAACCUACAACUCCAAGAGAUUUGUCAUCAACCAAUACAUUGCCUUCUACUUCAACCCAACAACAGGAGACAUCAUUAAUACUACAGUCAUCCCACCGUACUACAAUGACACAGUCCUCAACAACUGUAGAAGUCACAACUCCUACUGAAUCGAUAACAUCUACCUCAGUAAAUGAAACAUCACAAUCUACUGAAGGCACAAAAAUGUCCUCAAUACCACCAUCACCUUCUUCACAAUUUUUAGGAUCAUCUACAUCAUCAAAAACAUCUAGUCCUGUUAAUACAUCUCACCCUUCAACCAGUGCACAUCAAAGUAUCAUGGCAUCAACAGUAGAACAAUCAUCACCAACAACACAAUCCAUAGACUUGACCUCCAGUGUUUUAUCUGAGACAGAGUCCUCAACCAUGCCAGAAUCCUCAUAUUUAUCCAUUACUAGAAAAGUGUCAACAGUAACAGAGGAGAUAUCUACAUCUUUUUUACCAAGAUCAUCUACACUAGGAACUUCAGGCGCUUCCCAAGGAACCGAGGAGAUAACACCGACAGCUACUACAACUAUUAAUACAUCUUAUUUAUCAACAUUGAAAGACAUGUCAACAAGUGUAACAGAGACUGUACAAUCAACAACAUCAGAACCUACAACUCCAAGAGAUUUGUCAUCAACCAAUACAUUGCCUUCUACUUCAACCCAACAACAGGAGACACCAUCAAUACUACAAUCAUCACACCCUACUACAAUGACACAGCCCUCAACAACUGUAGAAGUCACAACUCCUACUGAACCAUUAACAUCUAUCUCAGUAACUGAAACAUCCCAAUCUACUAAAGGCACAAAAAUGUCCUCAAUACCACCAUCACCUUCUUCACAAUCUGAAGGAUCAACAAUAUUAUCACAAACAUCAAGUCCUGUCGAUAUAUUUAACCCUUCAACCAGAGCACAUCUAAGUACGAUGGCAUUAACACUGGAACAAUCAUCACCAACAACAACACAAUCCAUAGACUUGAUCUCCAGUGUUUUGUCUGAGACAGAAUUAUCAACCAUACUAGAAUCCUCACAUUCCACCUCUACUAGACAAGUGUCAACAGAGGAGAUAUCUACAACUUCUUUACCAAGAUCUUCCACAAUAGGAACUUCAGGUGCUUCCCAAGGAACCGAGGAGAUAUCACCUACAGCUUCUACAACUAUUCAUACAUCUCAUUUAUCAACAACAAAAGACAUGUCAACAAGUGUAACAGAGACUGUACAAUCUCCAACAUCAAAUCAGUCACCAGAAUCUACAACACUAAGAGCUUUGUCAUUAACCAAUACAUUGCCUUCUACUUCAACCCAACAACAGGAGACAUCAUCAAUACUACAGUCAUCACACCCAACUACAAUGACACAGCCCUCAACAACUGUAGAAGUCUCAACUCCUACUGAACCAUUAAGCUCUACAUCAAUAACUAAAACAUCACAAUCUACUGAAAGCACAAAAAUGUCCUCAAUACCACCUUCACCUUCUUCAGAAUCUGUAGGAUCAUCUACAUUUUCACAAACAUCAAGUCCUGCCGAUACAUCUCACCCUUCAACCAGUGUAUAUCAAACUACAAUGGCAUCAACAGUAGAACAAUCAUCACCAACAACACAAUCCAAAGACUUGACUUCCAGUGUUUUAUCUGAGAAAGAGUCAUCAACCAAACCAGAAUCCUCCCAUUUCACCUCUACCAGACAAGUGUCAACAGUAACAGAGGAGAUAUCUACAUCUUCUUUACCAAGAUCAUCCACAAUAGGAACUUCUAGCACUUCCCAAGGAACUGAGGAGAUAUCAUCUACAGCUUCUACAACUAAUCAUACAUCUCAUUUAUCAAUAACAAAAGACAUGCCAACAAGUGCAACAGAGACUGUACAAUCAUCAAGAUCAGAAACGACCACAAAACCUACAACUCCAAGAGAUUUGUCGUCAACGAAUACAUUGCCUUCUACUUCAACCCAACAACAGGAGACAUCCUCAAUACUACAGUCUUCACACCCUACUACAAUGACACAGCGCUCAACAACUGUAGAAGUCUCAACUAAUAUUGAACCACUAACAUCUACAUCAGUAACCGAAACAUCCCAAUCUACUGAAGGCACAAAAAUGUCCUCAAUACAACCUUCACCUUCUUCACAAUCUUUAGGAUCAUCCAUAUCAUCAAAAACAUCAAGUCCUGUUAAUACAUCUCACCCUUCAACCAGUGCACAUCAAAGUAUCAUGGCAUCAAAAGUAGAAAAAUCAUCACCAACAACACAAUCCAUAGACUUGACCUCCAGUGUUUUAUCUGAGACAGAGUCAUCAACCAUGCCAGAAUCCUCAUAUUUAACCAUUACUAGACAAGUGUCAACAGUAACAGAGGAGAUAUCUACAUCUUCUUUCCCAAGAUCAUCUACACUAGGAACUUCAGGCGCUUUCCAAGGAACCGAGGAGAUAACACAGACAGCUACUACAACUAGUAAUACAUCUUAUUUAUCAACAUUGAAAGACAUGUCAACAAGUGUAACAGAGACUGUACAAUCAACAACAUCAGAACCUACAACUCCAAGAGAUUUGUCAUCAACCAAUACAUUGCCUUCUACUUCAACCCAACAACAGGAGACAUCAUCAAUACUACAAUCAUCACACCCUACUACAAUGACACAGCCCUCAACAACUGUAGAAGUCACAACUCCUACUGAACCAUUAACAUCUACCUCAGUAACUGAAACAUCACAAUCUACUGAAGGCACAAAAAUUUCCUCAAUACCACCAUCACCUUCUUCACAAUCUGAAGGAUCAACAAUAUUAUCACAAACAUCAAGUCCUGACGAUAUAUUUUACCCUUCAACCAGUGCACAUCAAAGUAUGAUGGCAUCAACAGUAGAACAAUCACCAACAACACAAUCCAUAGAAUUGACCUCCAGUGUUUUGUCUGAGAAAGAGUCAUCAACCAUACCAGAAUCCUCACAUUUCACCUCUACUACACAAGUCUCAACAGAGGAGAAAUCUGCAAGUUCUUUACCAAGAUCUUCCACAAUAGGAACUUCAGGCGCUUCCCAAGGAACCGAGGAGAUAUCACCUACAGCUACUACAACUAUUCAUACAUCUCAUUUAUCAACAACAAAAGACUUGUCAACAAGUGUAACAGAGACUGUACAAUCACCAACAUCAGAACAGUCCACAGAACCUACAACUCCAAGAGAUUUGUCAUCAACCAAUACAUUGCCUUCUACCUCAAUCCAACAACAGGAGACAUCAUCGAUACUACAAUCAUCACACCCUACUACAAUGACACAGCCCUCAACAUCUGUAGAAGUCUCAAAUCCUACUGAACCAAUAACAUCUACAUCAAUGACUGAAACAUCACAAUCUACUGAAGGCAUAAAAAUGUCCUCAAUACCACCUUCACUUUCUUCAGAAUCUGAAGGAUCAUCCACAUUAUCACAAACAUCAAGUUCUGCCGACACAUUUCAGUCUUCAACCAGUGCACAUAAAACUACGAUGGCAUCAACAGUAGAACAAUCAUCACCAACAACCACACAAUCCAUAGACUUGACCUCCAGUGUUUUGUCUAAGUCAGAGUCAUCAACCAUACCAGAAUCCUCACAUGUCACCUCUACUAGACAAGUGUCAAUAGUAACAGAGGAGAUAUCUACAUCUUCUUUACCAAUAUUGUCCACAAUAGAGACUUCAGGCAGUUCCCAAGGAACCGAGGAGAUAUCUCCUACAGCUUCUACAACUAUUCACACAUCUCAUUUAUCAACCACAAAAUACAUGUCAACAAGUGUAACAGAGACUGUACAAUCACCAACAUCAAAAACGGCCACAAAACCUACAACUCCAAGAGAUUUGUCAUCAACCAAUACAUUGCCUUCUACUUCAACCCAACAACAGGAGACAUCAUCAAUACUACAGUCAUCCCACCCUACUACAAUGACACAGCCCUCAACAACUGUAGAAGUCACAACUCCUACUGAACCGAUAACAUCUUCCUCAGUAACUGAAACAUCACAAUCUACUGAAGGCACAAAAAUGUCCUCAAUACCACCUUCACCUUCAUCACAAUCUGAAGGAUCAUCCAUAUUAUCACAAACAUCAAGUCCUGUCGAUAUAUUUAACCCUUCAACCAGAGCACAUCUAAGUAUGAUGGCAUCAACAGUACAACAAUCAUCACCAACAACACAAUUCAUAGACUUGACUUCCAGUGUUUUAUCUGAGAAAGAGUCAUCAAACAUACCAGAAUCCUCACAUUUCACCUCUACCAGACAAGUGUCAACAGUAACAAAGGAGAUAUCUACAUCUUCUUUACCAAGAUCUUCCACAGUAGGAACUUCAGGUGCUUCCCAAGGAACUGAGGAGAUAUCACCUACAGCUUCUUCAACUAUUCAUACAUCUCAUUUAUCAACAACAAAAGACAUGUCAACAAGUGUAACAGAGACUGUACAAUCUCCAACAUCAAAUCAGUCCACAGAACCUACAACACUAAGAGAUUUGUCAUUAACCAAUACAUUGCCUUCUAUUUCAACCCAAAAACAGGAGACAUCAUCAAUACUACAGUCAUCACACCCUACUACAAUGACACAGCCCUCAACAACUGUAGAAGUCUCAACUCCUACUGAACCAUUAAGAUCUACAUCAAUAACUAAAACACCACAAUCUACUGAAAGCACAAAAAUGUCCUCAAUACCACCUUCACCUUCUUCACAAUCUGAAGGAUCAUCCAUAUUAUCACAAACAUCAAGUCCUAUCGAUAUAUUUAACCCUUCAACCAGAGCACAUCUAAGUACGAUGGCAUCAACAGUAGAACAAUCAUCACCAACAACAACACAAUCCCUAGACUUGAUCUCCAGUGUUUUGUCUGAGACAGAAUUAUCAACCAUACUAGAAUCCUCAUAUUUCACCUCUACUAGACAAGUGUCAACAGAGGAGACAUCUACAACUUCUUUACCAAGAUCUUCCACAAUAGGAACUUCAGGUGCUUCCCAAGGAACCGAGGAGAUAUCACCUACAGCUUCUACAACUAUUCAUACAUCUCAUUUAUCAACAACAAAAGACAUGUCAACAAGUGUAACAGAGACUGUACAAUCACCAACAUCAGAAAUGGCCACAGAACCUACAACUCCAAGAGAUUUGUCAUCAACCAAUGCAUUGCCUUCUACCUCAACCCAACAACAGGAGACAUCAUCAAUACUACAGUCAUCACACCCUACUACAAUGACACAGCCCUCAACAACUGUAGAAGUCUCUACUCCUACUGAACCAAUAAAAUCUACUUCAGUAACUGAAACAACACAAUCUACUGAAGGCACAAAAAUGUCAUCAAUACGACCUUCACUUUCUUCAGAAUCUGUAGGAUCAUCCACAUUAUCACAAACAUCAAGUCCCGUCGAUACAUCUCACUCUUCAACCAGUGCACAUCAAACUAUGAUGGCAUCAACAGUAGAACAAUCAUCACCAACAAUACAAUCCAUAGACUUGAUCUCCAGUGUUUUGUCUGAGACAGAAUUAUCAACCAUACUAGAAUCCUCACAUUUCACCUCUACUAGACAAAUGUCAACAGAGGAGACAUCUACAACUUCUUUACCAAGAUCUUCCACAAUAGGAACUUCAGGUGCUUCCCAAGGAACCGAGGAGAUAUCACCUACAGCUUCUACAACUAUUCAUACAUCUCAUUUAUCAACAACAAAAGACAUGUCAACAAGUGUAACAGAGACUGUACAAUCACCAACAUCAGAAACGGCCACAGAACCUACAACACUAAGAGAUUUGUCAUUAACCAAUACAUUGCCUUCUACUUCAACCCAACAACAGGAGACAUCAUCAAUACCACAGUUAUCACACCCUACUACAAUGACACAGCCCUCAACAACUGUAGAAGUCACAACUCCUACUGAACCAUUAAGAUCUACAUCAAUAACUAAAACAUCACAAUCUACUAAAGGCACAAAAAUGUCAUCAAUACCACCUUCACUUUCUUCACAAUCUGAAGGAUCAACAACAUUAUCACAAACAUCAAGUCCUGACAAUAUAUUUUACCCUUCAACCAGUGCACAUCAAAGUACGAUGGCAUCAACAGUAGAUCAAUCACCAACAACAACACAAUCCAUAGAAUUGACCUCCAGUGUUUUGUCUGAGAAAGAGUCAUCAACCAUGCCAGAAUCCUCACAUUUCACCUCUACUACACAGGUCUCAACAGAGGAGAAAUCUACAAGUUCUUUACCAAGAUCUUCCACACUAGGAACUUCAGGCGCUUCCCAAAGAACCGAGGAGAUAUCACCUACAGCUACUACAACUAUUCAUACAUCACAUUUAUCAACAACAAAAGACAUGUCAACAAGUGUAACAGAGACUGUACAAUCACCAACAUCAGAACAGUCCACAGAACCUACAACUCCAAGAGAUUUGUCAUCAACCAAUACAUUGCCUUCUACCUCAAUCCAACAACAGGAGACAUCAUCGAUACUACAAUCAUCACACCCUACUACAAUGACACAGCGCUCAACAACUGUAGAAGUCUCAACUCCUACUGAACCAAUAACAUCUACAUCAAUAACUGAAACAUCACAAUCUACUGAAGGCAUAAAAAUGUCCUCAAUACCACCUUCACUUUCUUCAGAAUCUGAAGGAUCAUCCACAUUAUCACAAACAUCAAGUUCUGCUGACACAUUUCAGUCCUCAACCAGUGCACAUAAAACUACGAUGGCAUCAACAGUAGAACAAUCAUCACCAACAACCACACAAUCUAUAGACUUGACCUCCAGUGUUUUAUCUAAGUCAGAGUCAUCAACCAUACCAGAAUUCUCACAUUUCACCUCUACUAGACAAGUGUCAAUAGUAACAGAGGAGAUAUCUACAUCUUCUUUACCAAUAUUGUCCACAAUAGAGACUUCAGGCAGUUCCCAAGGAACCGAGGAGAUAUCACCUACAGCUUCUACAACUAUUCAUACAUCUCAUUUAUCAACAACAAAAGACAUGUCAACAAGUGUAACAGAGACUGUACAAUCUCCAACAUCAAAUCAGUCACCAGAAUCUACAACACUAAGAGCUUUGUCAUUAACCAAUACAUUGCCUUCUACUUCAACCCAACAACAGGAGACAUCAUCAAUACUACAGUCAUCACACCCUACUACAAUGACACAGCCCUCAACAACUGUAGAAGUCUCAACUCCUACUGAACCAUUAAGCUCUACAUCAAUAACUAAAACAUCACAAUCUACUGAAAGUACAAAAAUGUCCUCAAUACCACCUUCACCUUCUUCAGAAUCUGUAGGAUCAUCUACAUUUUCACAAACAUCAAGUCCUGCCGAUACAUCUCACCCUUCAACCAGUGUAUAUCAAACUACAAUGGCAUCAACAGUAGAACAAUCAUCACCAACAACACAAUCCAAAGACUUGACUUCCAGUGUUUUAUCUGAGAAAGAGUCAUCAACCAUACCAGAAUCCUCUCAUUUCACCUCUACCAGACAAGUGUCAACAGUAACAGAGGAGAUAUCUACAUCUUCUUUACCAAGAUCAUCCACAAUAGGAACUUCUAGCACUUCCCAAGGAACUGAGGAGAUAUCAUCUACAGCUUCUACAACUAAUCAUACAUCUCAUUUAUCAAUAACAAAAGACAUGCCAACAAGUGCAACAGAGACUGUACAAUCAUCAAGAUCAAAAACGACCACAAAACCUACAACUCUAAGAGAUUUGUCGUCAACGAAUACAUUGCCUUCUACUUCAACCCAACAACAGGAGACAUCCUCAAUACUACAGUCUUCACACCCUACUACAAUGACACAGCGCUCAACAACUGUAGAAGUCUCAACUAAUAUUGAACCACUAACAUCUACAUCAGUAACCGAAACAUCCCAAUCUACUGAAGGCACAAAAAUGUCCUCAAUACAACCUUCACCUUCUUCACAAUCUUUAGGAUCAUCCAUAUCAUCAAAAACAUCAAGUCCUGUUAAUACAUCUCACCCUUCAACCAGUGCACAUCAAAGUAUCAUGGCAUCAAAAGUAGAACAAUCAUCACCAACAACACAAUCCAUAGACUUGACCUCCAGUGUUUUAUCUGAGACAGAGUCAUCAACCAUGCCAGAAUCCUCAUAUUUAACCAUUACUAGACAAGUGUCAACAGUAACAGAGGAGAUAUCUACAUCUUUUUUCCCAAGAUCAUCUACACUAGGAACUUCAGGCGCUUUCCAAGGAACCGAGGAGAUAACACAGACAGCUACUACAACUAGUAAUACAUCUUAUUUAUCAACAUUGAAAGACAUGUCAACAAGUGUAACAGAGACUGUACAAUCAACAACAUCAGAACCUACAACUCCAAGAGAUUUGUCAUCAACCAAUACAUUGCCUUCUACUUCAACCCAACAACAGGAGACAUCAUCAAUACUACAAUCAUCACACCCUACUACAAUGACACAGCCCUCAACAACUGUAGAAGUCACAACUCCUACUGAACCAUUAACAUCUACCUCAGUAACUGAAACAUCACAAUCUACUGAAGGCACAAAAAUUUCCUCAAUACCACCAUCACCUUCUUCACAAUCUGAAGGAUCAACAAUAUUAUCACAAACAUCAAGUCCUGACGAUAUAUUUUACCCUUCAACCAGUGCACAUCAAAGUAUGAUGGCAUCAACAGUAGAACAAUCACCAACAACACAAUCCAUAGAAUUGACCUCCAGUGUUUUGUCUGAGAAAGAGUCAUCAACCAUACCAGAAUCCUCACAUUUCACCUCUACUACACAAGUCUCAACAGAGGAGAAAUCUGCAAGUUCUUUACCAAGAUCUUCCACAAUAGGAACUUCAGGCGCUUCCCAAGGAACCGAGGAGAUAUCACCUACAGCUACUACAACUAUUCAUACAUCUCAUUUAUCAACAACAAAAGACUUGUCAACAAGUGUAACAGAGACUGUACAAUCACCAACAUCAGAACAGUCCACAGAACCUACAACUCCAAGAGAUUUGUCAUCAACCAAUACAUUGCCUUCUACCUCAAUCCAACAACAGGAGACAUCAUCGAUACUACAAUCAUCACACCCUACUACAAUGACACAGCCCUCAACAUCUGUAGAAGUCUCAAAUCCUACUGAACCAAUAACAUCUACAUCAAUGACUGAAACAUCACAAUCUACUGAAGGCAUAAAAAUGUCCUCAAUACCACCUUCACUUUCUUCAGAAUCUGAAGGAUCAUCCACAUUAUCACAAACAUCAAGUUCUGCCGACACAUUUCAGUCUUCAACCAGUGCACAUAAAACUACGAUGGCAUCAACAGUAGAACAAUCAUCACCAACAACAACACAAUCCAUAGACUUGACCUCCAGUGUUUUGUCUAAGUCAGAGUCAUCAACCAUACCAGAAUCCUCACAUGUCACCUCUACUAGACAAGUGUCAAUAGUAACAGAGGAGAUAUCUACAUCUUCUUUACCAAUAUUGUCCACAAUAGAGACUUCAGGCAGUUCCCAAGGAACCGAGGAGAUAUCUCCUACAGCUUCUACAACUAUUCACACAUCUCAUUUAUCAACCACAAAAUACAUGUCAACAAGUGUAACAGAGACUGUACAAUCACCAACAUCAAAAACGGCCACAAAACCUACAACUCCAAGAGAUUUGUCAUCAACCAAUACAUUGCCUUCUACUUCAACCCAACAACAGGAGACAUCAUCAAUACUACAGUCAUCCCACCCUACUACAAUGACACAGCCCUCAACAACUGUAGAAGUCACAACUCCUACUGAACCGAUAACAUCUUCCUCAGUAACUGAAACAUCACAAUCUACUGAAGGCACAAAAAUGUCCUCAAUACCACCUUCACCUUCAUCACAAUCUGAAGGAUCAUCCAUAUUAUCACAAACAUCAAGUCCUGUCGAUAUAUUUAACCCUUCAACCAGAGCACAUCUAAGUAUGAUGGCAUCAACAGUACAACAAUCAUCACCAACAACACAAUCCAUAGACUUGACUUCCAGUGUUUUAUCUGAGAAAGAGUCAUCAAACAUACCAGAAUCCUCACAUUUCACCUCUACCAGACAAGUGUCAAUAGUAACAGAGGAGAUAUCUACAUCUUCUUUACCAAGAUCUUCCACAGUAGGAACUUCAGGUGCUUCCCAAGGAACUGAGGAGAUAUCACCUACAGCUUCUUCAACUAUUCAUACAUCUCAUUUAUCAACAACAAAAGACAUGUCAACAAGUGUAACAGAGACUGUACAAUCUCCAACAUCAAAUCAGUCCACAGAACCUACAACACUAAGAGAUUUGUCAUUAACCAAUACAUUGCCUUCUAUUUCAACCCAAAAACAGGAGACAUCAUCAAUACUACAGUCAUCACACCCUACUACAAUGACACAGCCCUCAACAACUGUAGAAGUCUCAACUCCUACUGAACCAUUAAGAUCUACAUCAAUAACUAAAACACCACAAUCUACUGAAAGCACAAAAAUGUCCUCAAUACCACCUUCACCUUCUUCACAAUCUGAAGGAUCAUCCAUAUUAUCACAAACAUCAAGUCCUAUCGAUAUAUUUAACCCUUCAACUAGAGCACAUCUAAGUACGAUGGCAUCAACAGUAGAACAAUCAUCACCAACAACAACACAAUCCCUAGACUUGAUCUCCAGUGUUUUGUCUGAGACAGAAUUAUCAACCAUACCAGAAUCCUCACAUUUCACCUCUACUAGACAAGUCUCAACAGAGGAGACAUCUACAACUUCUUUACCAAGAUCUUCCACAAUAGGAACUUCAGGUGCUUCCCAAGGAACCGAGGAGAUAUCACCUACAGCUUCUACAACUAUUCUUUCAUCUCAUUUAUCAACAACAAAAGACAUGUCAACAAGUGUAACAGAGACUGUACAAUCACCAACAUCAGAACAGUCCACAGAACCUACAACUCCAAGAGAUUUGUCUUCAACCAAUACAUUGCCUUCUACCUCAACCCAACAACAGGAGACAUCAUCGAUACUACAAUCAUCACACCCUACUACAAUGACACAGCCCUCAACAACUGUAGAAGUCUCAAAUCCUACUGAACCAAUAACAUCUACAUCAAUGACUGAAACAUCACAAUCUACUGAAGGCAUAAAAAUGUCCUCAAUACCACCUUCACUUUCUUCAGAACCUGAAGGAUCAUCCACAUUAUCACAAACAUCAAGUUCUGCCGACACAUUUCAGUCUUCAACCAGUGCACAUCAAACUAUGAUGGCAUCAAUAGUAGAACAAUCAUCACCAACAACCACACAAUUCAUAGAUUUGACCUCCAGUGUUUUGUCUAAGACAGAGUCAUUAACCAUACCAGAAUCCUCACAUUUCACCUCUACUAGACAAGUGUCAACAGUAACAGAGGAGAUAUCUACAUCUUCUUUACCAAGAUCUUCCACAGUAGGAACUUCAGGUGCUUCCCAAGGAACCGAGGAGAUAUCACCUACAGCUUCUACAACUAUUCAUACAUCUCAUUUAUCAACAACAAAAGACAUGUCAACAAGUGUAACAGAGACUGUACAUUCACCAACAUCAGAAAUGGCCACAGAACCUACAACUCCAAGAGAUUUGUCAUCAACCAAUGCAUUGCCUUCUACCUCCAUCCAACAACAGGAGACAUCAUCAAUACUACAGUCAUCACACCCUACUACAAUGACACAGCCCUCAACAACUGUAGAAGUCUCUACUCCUACUAAACCAAUAAAAUCUACUUCAGUAACUGAAACAACACAAUCUACUGAAGGCACAAAAAUGUCAUCAAUACCACCUUCACUUUCUUCAGAAUCUGAAGGAUCAUCCACAUUAUCACAAACAUCAAGUCCCGUCGAUACAUCUCACUCUUCAACCAGUGCACAUCAAACUAUGAUGGCAUCAACAGUAGAACAAUCAUCACCAACAAUACAAUCCAUAGACUUGAUCUCCAGUGUUUUGUCUGAGACAGAAUUAUCAACCAUACUAGAAUCCUCACAUUUCACCUCUACUAGACAAAUGUCAACAGAGGAGACAUCUACAACUUCUUUACCAAGAUCUUCCACAAUAGGAACUUCAGGUGCUUCCCAAGGAACUGAGGAGAUAUCACCUACAGCUUCUACAACUAUUCAUACAUCUCAUUUAUCAACAACAAAAGACAUGUCAACAAGUGUAACAGAGACUGUAAAAUCUCCAACAUCAAAUCAGUCACCAGAAUCUACAACACUAAGAGCUUUGUCAUUAACCAAUACAUUGCCUUCUACUUCAACCCAACAACAGGAGACAUCAUCAAUACCACAGUCAUCACACCCUACUACAAUGACACAGCCCUCAACAACUGUAGAAGUCACAACUCCUACUGAACCAUUAAGAUCUACAUCAAUAACUAAAACAUCACAAUCUACUGAAAGCACAAAAAUGUCCUCAAUACCACCUUCACCUUCUUCAGAAUCUAUAGGAUCAUCUACAUUUUCACAAACAUCAAGUCCUGUCGAUACAUCUCACCCUUCAAUCAGUGUACAUCAAACUACAAUGGCAUCAACAGUAGAACAAUCAUCACCAACAACACAAUCCAUAGACUUGACUUCCAGUGUUUUAUCUGAGAAAGAGUCAACAACCAUACCAGAAUCCUCACAUUUCACCUCUACCAGACAAGUGUCAACAGUAACAGAUGAGAUAUCUACAUCUUCUUUACCAAGAUCUUCCACAGUAGGAACUUCAAACGCUUCCCAAGGAACUGAGGAGAUAUCACCUACAGCUACUACAACUAUUAAUACAUCUUAUUUAUCAACAAAGGAAGACAUGUCAACAAGUGUAACAGAGACUGUACAAUCACCAACAUCAGAACCUACAACGCCAAGAGAUUUGUCAUCAAACAAUGCAUUGCCUUCUACUUCAACCCAACAACAGGAGACACCAUCAAUACUACAGUCAUCACACCCUACUACAAUGACACAGCCCUCAACAACUGUAGAAGUCUCAACUCCUACUGAACCAUUAACAUCUACAUCAGUAACUAAAACAUCACAAUCUACUGAAGGCACAAAAAUGUCUUCAAUACCACCUUCCCCUUUUUCAGAAUCUGUAGGAUCAUCCACAUUAUCACAAACAUCAAGUUCUGCCUACACAUUUCAGUCUUCAACCAGUGCACAUCAAACUACGAUGGCAUCAACAGUAGAACAAUCAUCACCAACAACACAAUCCAUAGACUUGAUCUCCAGUGUUUUGUCUGAGACAGAAUCAUCAACCAUACUAGAAUCCUUACAUUUCACCUCUACUAGACUGUUGUCAAGAGUAACAGAGGAGAUAUCUACAUCUUCUUUACCAAGAUCAUCUACACUGGGAACUUCAGGCUCUUCCCAAGGAACCGAGGAGACAACACCUACAGCUACUUCAACUAUUAAUACAUCUUAUUUAUCAACAUUGAAAGACAUGUCAACAAGUGUAACAGAGACUGUGCAAUCACCAACAUCAGAACCUACAACUCAAAGAGAUUUGUCAUCAACCAGUACAAUGCCUUCUACUUCAACCCAACAACAGGAGCCAUCAACGAUACUACAGUCGUCACACCCUACUACAAUGACACAGCCCUCAACAAAUGUAGAAGUCUCAACUCCUACUGAACCAUUAACAUCUACAUCAGUAACUAAAACAUCACAAUUUACUAAAGGCACAAAAAUGCCCUCAUUUCCACCUUCACCUUCUUCACAAUCUGAAGGAUCAACAAUAUUAUCACAAACAUCAAGUCCUGACGAUAUAUUUUACCCUUCAACCAGUGCACAUCAAAGUACGAUGGCAUCAACAGUAGAUCAAUCACCAACAACAACACAAUCCAUAGAAUUGACCUCCAGUGUUUUGUCUGAGAAAGAGUCAUCAACCAUACCAGAAUCCUCACAUUUCACCUCUACUAGACAAAUCUCAACAGAGGAGAAAUCUACAAGUUCUUUACCAAGAUCUUCCACAAUAGGAACUUCAGGUGCUUCCCAAGGAACCGAGGAGAUAUCACCUACAGCUUCUACAACUAUUCUUUCAUCUCAUUUAUCAACAACAAAAGACAUGUCAACAAGUGUAACAGAGACUGUACAAUCACCAACAUCAGAACAGUCCACAGAACCUACAACUCCAAGAGAUUUGUCUUCAACCAAUACAUUGCCUUCUACCUCAAUCCAACAACAGGAGACAUCAUCGAUACUACAAUCAUCACACCCUACUACAAUGACACAGCCCUCAACAACUGUAGAAGUCUCAAAUCCUACUGAACCAAUAACAUCUACAUCAAUGACUGAAACAUCACAAUCUACUGAAGGCACAAAAAUGUCCUCAAUACCACUUUCUUCAGAACCUGAAGGAUCAUCCACAUUAUCACAAACAUCAAGUUCUGCCGACACAUUUCAGUCUUCAACCAGUGCACAUCAAACUAUGAUGGCAUCAAUAGUAGAACAAUCAUCACCAACAACCACACAAUUCAUAGAUUUGACCUCCAGUGUUUUGUCUAAGACAGAGUCAUUAACCAUACCAGAAUCCUCACAUUUCACCUCUACUAGACAAGUGUCAACAGUAACAGAGGAGAUAUCUACAUCUUCUUUACCAAUAUUGUCCACAAUAGAGACUUCAGGUGCUUUCCAAGGAACUGAGGAGAUAUCACCUACAGCUUCUACAACUAUUCAUACAUCUCAUUUAUCAACAACAAAAGACAUGUCAACAAGUGUAACAGAGACUGUACAUUCACCAACAUCAGAAACGACCAAAGAACCUACGACUCCAAGAGAUUUGUCAUCAACCAAUAUAUUGCCUUCUACCUCCAUCCAACAACAGGAGACAUCAUCGAUACUACAAUCAUCACACCCUACUACAAUGACACAGCCCUCAACAACUGUAGAAGUCCCAACUCUUUCUAGUGUAUUUCAAACUACAGCAGCAUCCACUAUAACUCAGUCAUUCUUAACAAGUAAAUCUAUAAAAUCUACAACAGUAGUGCAUGAGUCACAGAUGUCAAGUUUUCCACAUGUAACAUUGUCUUCAAGUGCCACUCUCUCCACCGAAGCAGUUACUACGAAAACGUAUACAACCGUGACACCAUCAGCGAUCGACACUACACAGCCGUGUCCACAAUACAGAUAUGGAAACAACUGUGAAAAUGGAAUUAAUCAUGUGGAUAUAAUGAUCGAUGAAAGUAGGGCUCCUGCUAAGAGGAUUAAUGUUAUCGCCUCAUUGAACAGAACAUUUACGGCAGAGCUUACGAAUACCAGUUCAGCAGAAUACGAGAACCUGUCUCGGGAGAUAAAACAGGUAAUAAGAUUUAUAUAACGGGAGUGAUAUGAUGUGACUGUACAAACUUAUUGCCAGUUC